CGGAGUACGGAGUACUAAUCUGUAAGACUAGUAAAAGUCUAAAUUUGGAUUGAGUGACGUUCAUCGUUCAUGGCAGUUACAGUGUUAGCUUGUCAUCUCUCCAAUAUCGUCAUCAAUUCAUCAGAUUCCCCAAAUGGAAGGAAAUGCAAGUACACUGGUCAAUCUGUGAGAGCAAUUCCGAUAAGGGUUUUGACAGUGGGGAAGAAGCGUGAUCGUGGGGUUCAGCUCAUUGUUGAUGAAUAUAAAGAUAAACUCCAACAUUAUUGUAGCAUUGAUGAUGUCUUAAUUCGCUCUAAUCCUAAAAAUGCGCGGGAUGUCAAGGCUCAAAUUGAAGAAGAAGACUGUGCUGUUGUAAACCUCAUCAAGUCAAAUGAUUGGGUGGUGAUCUUAGAUGAGCAUGGACUUGAUGUUAGCUCAGAGCGGCUAGCUGAGCUUAUAGGAGAUGCAGGGUUGACGGGAGCUUCAAAAAUGAUAUUUUGCAUAGGUGGGCCAUAUGGUCAUGGAAGACAGUUACGUCAACGUGCUAAUUUAUCAAUAAAGCUAUCGUCAUUGGUAUUGAAUCAUCAGAUUGCUUUAGUUGUGCUAAUGGAGCAAUUAUACAGAGCAUGGACUAUUCUCAAAGGUCAGAAGUAUCAUCACUAGGAAUCUGCCAUUCUACCUGAAUCAUUGUGCAGGAUGAAGGAAAGCUAUAAAGGGCCUGGAUUAGAACAGCCAACUCUGUCAACCACAAAAGCCAAUGGCUUCUUCAUCAGCGUAAGAUCAGGACCUUUGAGUUCUAAUGUUCAUGUUGUUGAGAUGAUUCUCCCUAGAAAUGGGCCCUUGGUCAUCAGAACUUAUAUAUUGGGUUUUGAUUGUAACUUUGUAAGCGUUUUAUAUAAAUUCUUUUGCAUAUCUCUAAGAUUACUAUUGUAAAUGUCCCAAUUAGAAUCUGAAAUGCUGUUUUUUUUUUUAUAUAUAUUUUUUUUAUUGCACUUAUUUUGAUUUGAAAAAACGAAAAAAAAAAGAUGUGUGCAUACUUUUGUUUAAAUUUAUGAAUCAGCUACUCACCAUCAAACAAGUUCAUAAUAUUGAACCUGCAUGUGUUGGAGCUGAUAAAUAUGCAUAGCAUGUGAAAAUAUUGCUAUGUAAAGAUUUGAACUUUUAUACGCCAUUCUGAGAUCUGUGCAUAGCACAUUAACAUUCACUUAUAGCUUGCUUAAAGACCACACUGCCACACUCUAAAACUUUUCCUUCUUUAUCCCCUUUCUCCUCUACUCUGUACUGCCAUUAUGAUUUUGGUGUUUAUAGUCAUUUAAAAUUGCUUGCAUUUCUUCUUAUUCGUUAAAACUAAGCUAUGAUUUCUG